ACGGUUACGAUUCUAAUCACAUUUGCGUGAAAUAUGUAGUCGCGAAGAGCGGCGCUUCAGUGUCGGUCCGGUUUUUGAACAAAUAUGGCGGAUGCCGAGUUAGCAAAAGCUCUGAAGGAUCUACCGAAUCGAGUUCAGACCGCCAGCAAGAAGGAGCGGCGUGAGGUUCUGCAAAAUGUCGUCAACGUGUUGUCAAAUCCCGGCAUCAACGAGAAAAUUGUCAACGGAGUAUGUAAGGUUCUAUCGCUUACCUUACAUAGGUACAAAGACAGUGCUUCGCAAUCCUACGUGAGAAACCUGAUCGUGGAGUUGCUUAAGAAACAGCCAGAUGCUACUGUCAAACAUAUGACAGCUGUAGUCACAGAGCAAGCCACUUGGCAUAAAAAUGUGGUUGCUACUUUAAAUACCUCUUUAACUGCAUAUAUUGCAUUGAAAUGGUCGACUUUAGUUAUUCUUCAUGGAUACAACGAAGAAAUGGAUACUACCCAAAUCUUACCGAAGCUUAUCGAAGCUCAGGCAAAUCUGUCUGCAGCUGCUGUGGCAUCUAACGAUGAGAGACUCUCAAACAAGGUAUACACAUUACUUGCUCAUGAAUGGACAACCAUAAAGAAUAUAGAAAUUAUAUAUGUGGAAAAUUUAACAAAAUUGGAAAUUGGAAACGGUACAAUAAUCUUGGCGAGCUUACUCACCAAAUAUCUAGUUGCCUCCAAAAGGAACGAUCUGGUGGAACAGUUGAAGGUAAAUAUGAUAGACAUAUUCAUCAAAGUAACCAUCAGUUGCAAAAAGAAGCCAGACUUGUAUGUGGUCGACGUGGCUGUGCCGCUUCUCCGACGAUUGACCCACGAGGAAUUCAAGAUCCACUUGCUUCCCGCUUUGCAAAAAGCCAUGUUGAGGAAUCCGGAGAUCAUAAUCGAGUCGGUCGGCCAUAUAUUGAACGGACUCAGUCUUGAUCUUAGUCAAUAUUGCCAAGAGAUCAGCAAAGGCUUAUUCGCCAAUUUACAUUCUAAGGAAGACCUGGUGCGCGAUAAUGCGGUCGGAGCGUGCCGUAAGCUCGCUCUGCAAUGCUCCGACACCACGGCUUUAGAGUCGCUGUUGUCGUCGGUGUUCGCGGUGUUCCACGGAUCCGAGGGCAAACUUACGGUCGCGACCCACAAGAUCUCUGUGCUGCAAGGAGCCGGCAAUCUUAGCUACAAUGCGGCCUCGGGCAGCAGCGUGCAGAAACUAGCGGAGACGGCGUGCGAGCACUUCGUCAAGGUCCUAGAGACCGAGGUGCAUGAGAAGACACUGAUACACGCCCUGGAGAUGAUGGCGCUGUGGUCCAAAAAGUUCUCGUCCAACGUACCUAAGAGUGUGGUGGACGCGUUCAAGAAAGGCAUGGCAGCGAAAACGUCCACCGCUGCAGUGCGCACCGCCUACAUCAAGCUCUUCUUCUCGACGCCCGCCACUUCUUACGCAGGCGUGAUAGCACCGACCCUCGCACAGGCGAUCAGCAGAGCCAUGCAGCAAUGCGCGCAGCCGACGGCGGUGACCGAGGGCCUGGUCGCGUCGUACCUGCUGCUCAAGUUCGUGUUGGCUGACCAAGUGGAGAACGACAAGCAGAGCGUGCUGUGGAGCGCGAUCGAUGAGCAGAUCUUCUUCUCGGAGAAAUUCCUGUCGACCUGCGGCGAUGACAUCCUCUAUCAUCUGAUGUUGCUCUGCGAGCGCCUCAUCAGCGAGUUCUCUGACCGACUGAACGAGAAAGCACUCAACGGGGUUCACCGUGCCAUCGUGUCCUGCGCGACCGCGCCGAACUCCAGCACGAGGCAACGGUGCUUCCCGUUGGUGAAGAAAGUCGUUACUGGCUUGAGCACCUACGCUCCGGCGCAGGCUCUCCUGACUGAGUUCAACAAGUUCCUGGAGAACGUCAAGAUCAAAUCGGAGGCGGACAAAGAAAGCAGAGACGAGUCCUCGAUGGGGGAGAUCACCGGCCGGUGUCUCGCGGAUGGUUUGUUCGCCCUGUGCUCUGGCUCCUUCUUGUUCGACGUUCCCGCCAUGCAGAUGACCCGAGACUCCUUGCUGCCGUCUCACCAUCCGGCCUUGCUCAAGGCCGUGCCGAACCUGUGGUUCAAGAUAGCCAAGAACUACAGUUUCAUACCCAAGGAUUUCUUGCGUAGCUACAGCAGCGAAGUGAGGAAGAUGCUGAUACAGAAUUACAGGCCGCUAGCGAAUUACGAGAACGCGCUGAUAAAAGUCGUGUCGUUGGCGCCGGACGCUUUCCUACCCGCGUUGGUGUCCAACGUCAUCAGCAAGCUGGACGAUCCAGAGAUCCUGAGAGUCACCAAGGAUGAAUACUUCACGUACCUCACCCCCGAAGGCGAGCUCUACGACAAGAGCGUGUUACCCGUUAACGACGAAAACGAUAUUCUCAAUUCCAUGAACAUGAAGAGGGAAAGCAAGGUCUACUCGUUCAAGGAGCAGCAGGAGGAGCUUCAGUUGAGGCGCGAGCUGUAUGAGAAACGGAAGAGGGAAGGCAAGAUCAAGGAACCGAAGCUGACGCCGAAGCAAGAGGAGACCCUGAAGGCGCAGAUCGCGAAGGAGAAUGGUAUUCGCAAAAGAUUGACCGAGUUGAAGGCCAAGAUCGAUACCGCGGUGUCUCUAGUCACAUGCUCGAUACGCGGCAAUCGACAGGAGCUGUCGCUGCACUUGAAGGAUCUGCUGCCGUCGAUCUUGAAGAACCUGGGCUCACCGUUGGCAGCGCCUGAAAUGGCUGAGCUGUACUUGUCGCUCCGUCAAACAGUGACGAUCGACAACAGCGCGAUCUUGGGCGAUCUGAUCGCUCAUGUGACGCUGCGGCAACUUCAGCCACAAUGCGACCUGGACCCAGCCUGGGAGGAAGAGAACCUCGAUGUGGCGGUGAAGAGAACGUUGAAUCUGAUCCAUACGGUGACAAUCAAGAAGAAGGAGUUGUUUACGGCCUCGGCCUUCUGCUACGUGUUCCCGUUCGUGAGGAAGACCUUGUUAACGUACAAGGAUGACGGUAUGAUCGUGCAAGGACUGCAGUUUAUACAGGAACACACGAAGCAGAGAGGAAGCACCAACGAGCUGAAAGAUCCGAGACAUCCCAGGCUGCUGCCGCGCAAACAGAUGUUUGACCUGCUGAUCGAGCUGAUGGAGAAGACCACCGGCCGGGUGCAGUCCCAUGCGGUCGCCACCCUGUUGGACGUCGCACAUUCCGGUAGCGGUCAACCCAACACGGCGAUCGCCACCAGCGAGGACAUCGACUCGCUGAUCGGCGCGCUGCAGAACUCUCUGUCGACUGUAAGAGACGCCGCUCUCCGAGGACUGGCAGUGAUACGCCAAGCUUUCCCGUCCCACAAGGAGGAUGAGGAUCAGUUGGACAGACUCACCAGGAGAGUGUGGAUUGCCCGCUUCGACGUGAGUGACGAGAAUAAGAUCCUCGCCAAUGAGCUAUGGGACGCGGCCGAGUUGACCGCGCGGGCGGAGGUGCUCUGCGACGAGCUGAUCCAGGACAUUGCGCACCCCGUGGAGCCGGUGCAGCAGGCUGCUGCGUACGCGUUGGCGCAAUGCUUGGCCACCGUGCCGCACCUCACGCCGUCUGUAUUGGACAAUCUGCUGCAGCUCUAUCAGGAGAAGCUCGCCAUGAUCCCGCCGAAACUCAACGACUUCGGUCGCGUGAUCGAGCAACCGAUCGACACGUGGGGACCUCGACGAGGAGUGGCACUCGCAUUGGCGCAGAUCGCGCCGCUUCUCACCGCUGACACGAUACACCGGCUCGUGCAGUUCUUCGUCUCGACCGGCUUGGGCGACAGGAAUCAAUCGGUGCGCACGGAGAUGUUGACUGCUGCCGUCGCCGCGGUAGACCUUCACGGCAAGGUCAACGUGACGUCGUUGUUGCCUGUGUUCGAGGACUUUAUGGAUAAGGCGCCGAAGAUCGGCAGUUUCGACUCGAUCAAGCAAUCGGUGGUCAUCCUCAUGGGUUCCCUGGCGAGGCACUUGGACAAGGACGACCCGCGCAUCAAGCCCAUUGUGAUGCGACUGAUAGCGGCGCUUUCCACACCGUCGCAGCAGGUGCAAGAGGCUGUGGCGAACUGUCUGCCGCACCUGGUACCUUCCAUCAAGGAAGACGCGCCGAAGAUCGUGGAUAAUCUGAUGGAUCAGCUGCUGAAGUCGGACAAGUACGGCGAGCGUAAAGGCGCGGCCUACGGAUUGGCGGGUAUCAUCAAGGGCAUGGGAAUACUCGCGCUUAAGCAAUUGGACAUCAUGACUACGCUGACCAAUGCUAUCCAGGACAAGAAGAACUACCGGCAUCGCGAGGGCGCGCUCUUUGCCUUCGAGAUGCUGUGCACGAUGCUGGGCAGGCUGUUUGAACCUUACAUCGUUCACGUGCUGCCACAUCUGCUGUUGUGCUUCGGGGAUUCGAGUCAGUACGUGAGAGCCGCCACCGACGACACCGCCCGGGUGGUCAUGAGCAAGCUCUCCGCCCACGGCGUCAAACUUGUUCUGCCCAGUCUGCUGGCGGCCUUGGAGGAGGACUCGUGGAGGACGAAAACCGGGUCCGUCGAGUUGCUAGGUGCGAUGGCAUACUGCGCGCCGAAGCAGUUAAGUAGCUGCCUACCGAGCAUCGUGCCGAAGCUGAUUGAAGUGCUGAGCGAUUCGCACACGAAGGUGCAAGAGGCCGGUGCAGAGGCGCUCAAGGUCAUCGGCAGUGUCAUCCGUAACCCGGAAAUCCAGGCUAUCGUGCCGGUACUCCUGAAGGCGUUGCAGGAUCCUUCACACAAGACCGCCACCUGCUUACAAACACUAUUGGACACGCAAUUCGUGCACUUCAUCGACGCUCCCUCGUUAGCUCUGAUCAUGCCUGUGGUGCAGCGCGCUUUCCUCGACCGCUCGACUGAGACGAGGAAGAUGGCCGCGCAGAUCAUCGGCAACAUGUACUCGUUGACGGACCAGAAGGACCUGACUCCGUACUUGCCGACUAUAAUCCCAGGCCUGAAGACGAGCUUGCUGGACCCCGUGCCCGAGGUGCGCAGCGUAUCAGCGAGAGCGUUGGGCGCGAUGGUGCGCGGCAUGGGAGAGUCGAGCUUCGAGGACCUGCUACCUUGGCUGAUGCAAACUCUCACCUCGGAGAGCAGUAGCGUCGACAGGUCCGGCGCGGCUCAGGGUCUCUCGGAGGUGGUGCGCGGCCUGGGCGUCGAGAAGCUUCACAAGCUUAUGCCAGAGAUCAUCAGCACCGCCGAGAGGACCGACAUCGCGCCUCACGUUAAGGACGGCUACAUCAUGAUGUUCAUAUACAUGCCGAGCGCCUUCACCACAGAGUUCACGCCAUACAUUGGCCAGAUCAUCAACCCUAUCCUCAAGGCUCUGGCUGACGAGAACGAGUACGUGCGGGAGACCGCUCUGAGAGCAGGCCAACGCAUCGUGACGCUCUACGCCGAUUCGGCGAUAAUGCUGCUGUUGCCGGAGCUGGAGAAGGGUCUCUUCGACGAUAACUGGCGUAUCCGCUACUCGUCCGUGCAGCUAUUGGGCGACCUGCUGUACAGAAUCUCCGGCGUGUCCGGCAAGAUGUCGACAGAGACCGCAAGCGAGGACGACAACUUCGGUACCGAGCAGUCGCACUACGCUAUCAUAAACGCGCUGGGCGCUGAGAGGCGGAAUCGCGUGUUAGCCGGUCUAUACAUGGGUCGCUCAGACGUAGCUCUGAUGGUGCGCCAAGCGGCUCUUCACGUCUGGAAGGUCGUGGUGACGAACACACCGCGAACCUUGCGGGAGAUACUGCCGACGUUGUUCACUCUUCUGUUGGGAUGCUUGGCGAGCACAAGCUACGACAAGAGACAAGUGGCCGCUCGGACGUUGGGUGACCUGGUGCGCAAACUAGGCGAGAGAGUCUUGCCGGAGAUCAUCCCGAUCUUGGAGAAGGGUCUGCAGAGCGAUCAGGCCGAUCAACGGCAAGGAGUGUGCAUAGGUCUGUCAGAGAUCAUGGCGAGCACCAACAAAGACAUGGUCUUGACCUUCGUCAUCAGUCUCGUGCCGACGGUGAGAAAAGCGCUCUGCGACCCGUUACCGGAAGUUCGACAGGCCGCGGCCAAGACCUUCGACGGUCUGCAUUCCACGGUGGGCGUUCGCGCCCUUGACGACAUAUUGCCGGCCAUGCUAACGCAAUUGAACUCGCCCGACUCGGCCGAGGCGGAGAACACGUUGGACGGCUUGCGCCAGGUGAUGGCGAUCAAGUCGCGCGUCGUGCUGCCGUAUCUGGUCCCGCAGUUAGCCUCGCCGCCGGUUAACACGAAAGCACUCUCGAUCCUGGCUAGUGUGGCAGGUGAAGCAUUGACACGGUUCCUUCACAGGAUCUUACCAGCAUUACUCACUGCUCUUUCCAGUGCUCAAGGGACCGCGAAUGAGCUGCAGGAGCUCGAAUACUGUCAAGCGGUAGUUCUUUCGGUCACUGACGAAGUAGGCGUCAGGACCGUGAUGGAUCAGUUGAUGGAGGCCACGAGAGCGGAGGACCUCUCGAAACGGCGCAGCGCCGCGACGUUGCUCUGCGCCUUCUGUCGCGACACUCGCGCGGAUUACAGUCAAUAUGUGCCACAGUUGUUGAGGGGUCUGAUCCAUCUGUUUACCGACGAGGACAAAGACGUGUUACAGAUGAGCUGGGAAGCGCUCACCGCUGUCACCAAGACUCUGUCAUCCGAGCAGCAGAUAGCACACGUGCAAGACAUCCGGCAAGCCGUUCGAUUCGCGGUGUCCGACCUGAAGGGCCAAGAACUGUUACCCGGAUUCUGUCUUCCCAAAGGAAUCACACCGAUUUUACCAAUCUUCCGAGAGGCCAUACUGAACGGUCUGCCGGAGGCGAAGGAGCACGCCGCUCAAGGCUUGGGAGAAGUCAUAAGGUUGUCGAGCGCGUCCGCGUUGCAGCCGAGCGUCGUGCAAAUCACCGGCCCGCUCAUCCGAAUCCUCGGCGACCGUUUCAAUUGGAGCGUCAAGGCAGCCGUGCUGGAAACGCUCGCGAUAUUGCUCGGAAAGGUCGGUGUUAUGCUGAAACAAUUCUUGCCGCAACUGCAAACCACCUUCCUGAGAGCCCUGAACGACAGCAAUCGACAAGUCAGACUGAAAGCGGCGUACGCUCUCAGUAACUUGAUCGUCAUCCACACGCGUGUCGAUCCUUUGUUCACGGAGCUUCACACCGGUAUUAAGACGGGAGACGAUCCGGCGAUAAGAGAAACGAUGCUGCAAGCUCUCAGAGGCGUACUAACGCCCGCUGGCGACAAGAUGACCGACCCGAUGAAAAAGCAGGUAUUCGCGACGCUCAGCAGUAUGUUGAGUCACCCAGAGGACGUGACGAGGAACGCGGUGGCUGGUUGCUUCGGUGCCCUGUUACGCUGGCUGAGUCCAGAACAGCUAGCGAUCACAUUCAACGAUCAUCUUCUAUGUAACGACGUCAAUGCCGACUGGAUGCUCAGACACGGACGCUCGGCGGCGCUUUUCGUGACGCUGAAGGAGUCGCCCGCCACAGUGUACAAUCCCAAGGAGAAAGACCGUGUGUGCACGGUAAUACUCUCGUACUUGGCCGCGGACAGAGUGCAGAUAGUCAUGAAUGGCGUGAGAGCGUGUGGGUAUCUGUUUCAAUACCUCAUGAACGAGGCACAGCCUGUACCGCAGCAGAUUCUGUCGCCCUUCGUCAGAUCAAUGAAUAACAAUAGUAACGACGUGAAACAGCUACUCGCUCGAGUUUGCAUUCACCUCGCGCGCAAUAUACUGCCUGAAAAGAUGUCACCUGAGCUGCUCAGGGCUUUGUUACCAAUGUUGGUGAACGGGACGAAAGAGAAGAAUGGAUAUGUCAAAGCCAACAGCGAACUCGCGCUCAUCGCGGUGCUCCGACUGAGGCAGGGUGAAGAAGAACACCAGCGAUGUAUGGCUUUCUUGGAUGCCGGUGCAAGGGAGUCCCUGUCUGAUGUGGUUAGUAAAGUGUUGCGCAAGGUUCUCUCUCAACCAGAAGGCAAAAUAGAAGAGCUAGACGACACGUUACUCACGUGAGAGACGUUGUACUUCUCGAGUCUUGUUGACAAUCCGUCGGAGUCUCACCGCAGGAACGAAAUUCUUGUGUUACCAAAAUUUCGUCUUUCUGACACGAUGAGAGUCUCAUCGAGACAGUGAAUAACUGCCAACCAACCAGAUAACACAUUGACCGCCGCACUGAUCAAGGCUGACCUGAGGACUGAAUUAUUAAAGAUACGGUAAAGAAAUUUAAUUCUGUAAAUGUUACGUAAUUCCGGUAAGUUUGUAAAUGCUUCACCCUCAAAUUCCUUUUGGAAAACAAAGUCACACAUUUGUACUAUCCGACUUCAGUAGACAAUGAACGAUUUAAAAUGGCUUAUUUUGUAUUUAUAUGAUAAUUUUAAUAAAUUGAAAAUCAAGGUUGGCAAAAUAUUUUAUUAUUUAAAAUAUCUUUUUGCAAACAUGUGGAGGCGCUGCAGUCCCAUCAUCCCAAGUUAUAGAAAUAUAGAAUGUCUACGAAAUUGUUGAAUAUACAGUAAAUACGAAAACAGUAUAAGAGGAAUGUAGUUGUGAACGGAUAGUUUUCAUGGCUUUUAAAAACUUGUACUUUGGUUGAUAGAGAAACACGCAUUGCUUAAUAUUUAAUUAUUCUACACUAAAGUAUACCACAGUUUUGUUGGAGCUGGCGAAUGUUCCUUAGAGAAGUGGUACUAAACAUAAUUCAUAUUACAUAUUUCAUAUUUUACUUGUAUAAUCGUAUAUACUUGCUAAAGAUAUACAAUUAUACAAGUGGAGAAUAUGACAUUCUGAUUAGGCACUGAAUAUCGCAGUUGCAUUAUAUUCAUUGAAGAAUAGAAUAGAAAUCUUUGGAUAUAAGUCCAAUGCCUUAUAUGUAAUCGAAUUUCGUCGAUUUUACGUAUCGCCUAAUUCCGGUUACAGUAAUAAGUAAUGCUUAAUUACGAUUACAUAGAUACAAUCGUAUAGACAAUAGCUAUGUUCAGCAGAGAAAGUUACUUUGUAACUCAUGAGUUGUAAAAUUCAUGAAUCUCAAUCUGUAGAUUCACUUUUGCUUUUAAUUUUGAUUGCUUUGAAUUUAAUUAAAAGCAGAGGCCAUUCAUUUAUGAAUUUUAUGACAAUUGCAAAGCAGUUUUCUGUGCUAAACGCAGCUAAUCUUUGGUAAUUAAGCGUCUUUUAAAAAUAUAUGUAUAUAUACAAUGAUAUUAUACACUGUUCAAUAAGAUAAAUUCGUUAUCAAACGAAUACCUCUUCCAUCAUCUUGUGUAACAUUUCAGUAAAAGACAAGUUUUUUUUCUUAAAUGUUGCGAGAUUCUUUUAAUUACUAAACUUUUGAGACUCAAAAAUACGAGAUUUUCCCUUGGAUACGAUUGUAGACAUUUAUAACAAGAGAGAGUGUAAACAUUUAUAAUAUAUAAAAUUACAUUACAUCAAUAUCUCUCACUUGUAUACAAUUAAUAUAUAUCUUCCAAAAAUGCUAUUUAUGGAACGAAAAUUUGUAUGAUAACUAAUGUAAAACAUUUCAAUCAGAUUAAUCGGUUUUUUAAGUGUUUACUGUAUUGU